UUACGCUGAUAAACCAAACUCGUGGUGAUCGCGCGUUAACUCCACGCGUGGGAAGUGAAGUCAAAUAUCACUGCUGUCAAGAACACUUUAAAAUCUGUCGAAGCGUGUAACCCAUUGUUAACUUGUAAUGUGUUGAAAUUUAACCAACAACUGCUUGUCUUGCUUGUUUUGCAAACGUGAACAUGUACUGCAGGCCUACCGUUGAAUGUGCUCGCUGUUGUUUGGACCGAGAUAUCUAAAAAUGAAACGGCUUUCUUGAAAUUGAACGAAAGAGCUGGAAUUAAGAGACGUCAAUCAUAUUCCCAGUUUGGAGAGAGGUAGACAGGCUAUGCAAAAAGGUGUACAGUGACUGAACUUAGUCCAUGUGUAAGGCACAUAGCCUACACCAAGGCCUAUGCUCCAUGGCCUUUAAACAGCUACAUAUAUUAAUAACAGCUAACAAUACAUAAUUUGGGAUAUUCCGUGUUACCAUGGCAACAAGACAUCUUCAUCAUGUUGACUGCCCUGGAAAAGCGAUAUUACAGAUAUGUCGGCAUUACAGGGCUGAACUGAAUCCAGAUCUUCCCAGGAUCACCGUCCCUCACAACAUAGUGAAGAAUAUGCAGAAAAUGAUGACCAAGAAAGCCAUUGAGAAAGCACAGCAGAAUCGUAAACCUGUGUUUAAGUCUCCCCUGAUUAUCUCGUGUAAAAGGCCAGAAUUUAAUCAUCACCUAGGCCAGACAUACAGUUCCUUUAACCCCAAACACCUGGCCUCAUAUGGGUGGAAGCACAGGAAGUCUCACGGAGAUCACUUUACUAUUUUACCCUAUGAGCCAAACCCAUCCUGGCUGAGUGUAUCACAGAGGUUUGAAGAUCUGGGCGUGAGCUCUGCGGUUGCUGAUGGAUUGAAGAGUAUUGGCAUUUCUCAACCAACACGUAUUCAGGAAAUAACAGUUCCUAAAAUUCUCAAAGGUCAUUGUGUAAUGUCAGCUGCUGAAACUGGUAGUGGGAAAACUUUGGCUUAUCUGACCCCCUUAAUAGAGCUGAUUCAUCGGCAUGGUCAGGUGACUGAUCGUUCCACACCAUCUUGGAAAAACAGUCCCCAAGCCAUCAUUGUGGUUCCAACGCGGGAACUCGCUGAUCAAAUUAUGGGUGUGGCACAAAGCCUGUCUGAGGUCAUCCCAUUCAAAGUCCAGUCCUACUGUGGAGGCAGAGGCACCAAGGCAAAACUCAACUGGCCAGAGAUCAGAGGUAUGGACAUCUUGAUAUCAACUCCAGGAGUCUUGCGAAAGCUCUUGUCCAGAAACAUUAUCCGAAGAGGUUCAUUACGUCAUCUAGUGUUGGAUGAAAUGGACACCUUGAUGGAUGACAGCUUCAGUGGAGAAAUUAUCGACAUCAUCAAAAAGCUUCAGGUGACGGCUGGGGAGUCCAGUGGCAACAACGUCUAUGUCAGCACCAGCACCCAGGUCAUCUUAGUAGGGGCGACAGUACCUAGAGGUCUCAGUGAAAUACUUAAUGAUGUUUUCCCAGUGGAAGCCUUCCACAAAGCCACCACAGAUCACGUUCAUCGCCUCAUGCCACAUGUCUCACAGAAGUUCAUCCGGCUCAGACCCUCAUCUAAACCAGAGAACAUCUUACGUCUCUCAAAGCAGAGCAUACUCAAGUCUAUCCCCACUUUGAUAUUCUGCAAUAAAACUACAACCUGCAGCUGGCUGACUCGCUUUCUGGAUGCCAGUGAUGUAGACAAUAUGUUUAUGAGUGGCUUCUUGACGGAAAAGAGUAGAGCUGGUCGCUUUGAGAGUUUCCAAAACGGAGAACAUAACAUAUUGGUGUGCACGGACAUUGCCUCAAGAGGGCUUGACACACUCAGGGUUGAGCGCGUGAUAAAUUAUGAGUGCCCAGACUUCAUGUCUGACUACAUCCACCGUUCUGGGCGGGCUGGUCGAGUGGGAGCAGGCUCUCCUGGACAUGUGGUCAGCUUCGUCUCGCACCCUUGGGAGGUGGAUCUCAUUAACAAAAUAGAGGUGGCAGCAAGAAGAAUGACUGAUCUGCACAACGUCAACGCUAAUAUCAAACGUAAACUGGUGUCUAGUUAUGAAGCAAAGCAUGGCAUGGGACCAGAUGAAUGAAGCCAGAAAGACGUACCUGGUUAACUGCAACUCUUUUGGCUUAUAAUGCAAUAAAUGUCUGUU